ACGACGUGCGCGGGGUGGUGCGUGAUAAGCCACAUAGGUGUUCUGUGGAUAAGCUUCGCUCUCGGCGCUCGUGCCUUCCGACAAGUGCCCUCCCCUUCUCGUCGCGUGUGUGAGUCACUUGCGAACGGAAAGACAUUACGGGCGCGAGUGUUUCUUGCAUCGGGAGUCGUCAAUACAUUGAGGCAAGAUGUCGAGCCUGUAUCCGACUCUCGAGGAUAUGAAAGUGGAUCACAUGAUCCAGGCGCAGACGAAGCCCCUGGAAUCGUCUGUCCCAGCAGCUCCAGUGGCAUCAGCUCCCCUUCCUUAUGGACUAUACCCAUCGGCGCCAGUUGAUCAGGACAAAUUCGAAACCCUUUACCCCACUCUAGAUGACUACAUGGGCCUCUCUCUGUCUCGGGAUGUCCCACCCGAAAUUACUGCUCUGGCAACCAUUUCUCAGAACCAAGUGGCAGUGCCACAGCCUGUAGGAACCGGCGGCUUCCUCUCAAACAUGGUUGCACCAAUUUCGGGUUCCUCGGUUGGCCUGAAGAGGGCACAUGUUAGCCACGGGAUUCGUGAAGUCAUCCUCUGCAAAGACAAGAAAGGCAAAGUUGGACUGCGCGUGCAAGCCAUCAACCAGGGCAUCUUUGUUGUGCUUGUCCAAGCCAACAGCCCAGCAGCCCUGGCAGGUCUUCGCUUUGGCGAUCAGCUGCUGACCAUUAACGACGAGGUUGUCGCUGGUUAUUCGGUUGACAAAGUGCACACGCUCAUCGUCAAGGCCAGCGCGGAGCGCAUCGUCAUGGCUGUUCGGGACAGGCCAUUCGAGCGCACUGUGACAAUGCACAAGUCAAGCACGGGCCAUGUUGGAUUUGCAUUCCGAGAUGGCCGCAUCAUCUCUCUCGUCAAGGACUCGUCAGCAACACGGAACGGCCUUCUAGUUGACCACCAACUACUGGAGGUAAACGGCCAGAACGUGGUGGGGAUCAAGGACCCCGAAAUAACGAAGAUUAUUGAGAGCGCAGGGAAUGUCAUCACGGUCACAGUGAUUCCAUCUUUUGUCUACGAUCACAUGAUCAAACACACAUCUGGAGGCAUGCUUAAGAAGCUGAUGGACCACUCGAUUCCAGACAUGUAAGAAAACCAUCAGCAGGCCUGUACACAACAGUCCACCUUGCGUCCAGACCCGUCAUGCCAGGAUUGGGUGGCAUCCGGCCAUGCUCGGUCUUUAGCCGCAAACUGUCACUGCUUCAACAGUUAUUGAUGAGCCGUUUCUUUGUCAUUCCCCUCUAAUGGCAUGUGUAUCAUAUUGUAUGCUGUUUUUUUUACACAUAUAUUUUGCUAAAUAUGUUUUAUGGCUUGGCUGAAACCUCAUGUUUAAAGCUGUCAACUGUGAGCAAAAUGGUGAAGGCUACAUACGUUGCCUGCCAAAGAGCCUAUGAAGAAAGAGAGUGAAUAGGGUGUUAUGAUGCCUUUCUCUUCACACUUGGCGUGUCACAAUUGGCAGUUACCCAUGUAUAAUGUGCGCCUACUUCCUUUUUUUUCUUUUCAUGUAUUGGAAGGCCUACUGUGGCGUUCGAGUUACGAGAGAGACAUUGGAUAUUUAGGUUUUGAGGGUGAUAAGGCAAAAACUGAAUUGAGUGAAAAGGUAAAAACUUAAUUCUCCAGGAGGCUUGUAUGAGCAUUGCUGGGCUAUCUUGUCUUCUUGAAUCGGUCGUCCAAUAGCUAGGCAUGGUCAUUGGAUGUGAUCACAUUUACAAGAGUUCUUUACAAUUGAAAUUAAUUCAUGUAGUGUGGCUGCAAUGAAUCGAGACAUCGUAGUGCAGAUGAAUUGUAGUCUCUGAAUAAAUUGGUGUAUCUUGUGCACAAAGUUUUCAUGCGUGCAUAAAUGUACCAUUGGCUUAACUGAAGAAUAGUAAGCAUUUUGUCACCCUCUGCAGCUGACGAGGGAAGUGAUGCGUAGUAUUUAUUAUCUCUGUUUAUCCAUUUGUUUUACUUGCACAGAUUCAUUGUAUGAAGAUAUGAGUAAGCCUCAGUGCUGCGAUUGUUGACGGUAUGUUUUGCUUUAGCCGCUGUGGCUCUUUGGAAACAGUGCCAUGCCACAAACUUUGCUGGUGGGUUGAUCCGUCUGCUGCCAUUCAUGUUUUGAUGUUCCCGGCAGUGAACGUGCUUGAAGUUAGUCUCUUUAAGAGACAUUUUGUCUCUUAAUGGUAUGUUGCAUUGCCUAUUGAAUCCUUUUUAUUCAAACCUCUGUGUACUCAAGUCGUCAUGGGUGGCACUAAGUCAGUGGUUGUGAUAGCGUCGCCCUUGACAAUUUCAAGAGAGAGCUAUGCAUGUUGUUCCCGUGUAUAGCAUUCAGUUACAUGCUAUGUGCAAUGUAUGGUUUUUAACUAUACUAUAAAGAUACUUAAGUCACAUAUAA